CAAUAUUAACUUUGUGCCGCAAGGACCUUAUUGAACCAUCCACUGAAAUAAUUGCAUUAUGUACCAAUACUCUGAACUUUCUGAAGAAGGUCUCAAUUCUGGUUGUGGAAAUGGAGGAAGAGAUUCAAGAGAAGCUUCUGAGACAAGGAGAUGUUGAUGAGGAAGUAAAGCUCAUGGACAAGGUGUGGAUUGAGACCAAAAAGAUUUGGAUUGUCGCCGGUCCUGCGAUUUUCACAAGAUUUUCUACGUAUGGGAUAAACUUAAUCAGUCAAGGCUUUGUUGGGCACAUUGGUCCAACUGAGCUGGCUGCUUAUUCACUUGUGGUUACUGUCCUGUUGAGGUUUUCAAAUGGCAUAUUGUUGGGCAUGGCAAGUGCAUUGGAAACUUUGUGUGGGCAAUCAUAUGGUGCAAAACAAUACCACAUGAUGGGAGUAUAUCUUCAAAGAUCAUGGAUAGUCUUGUUCAUUUCCUCUAUCUUUCUUCUACCCUUGUUUAUCUUUACUACUCCACUAUUGAAGGCUUUCGGCCAGGAAGAGCAUAUUACAGAAGUGGCAGGAAUCAUUUCUCUUUGGAUUAUUCCUGUGAUGUUUGCCUUCAUUGCAGCCUAUAGUUGCCAAAUGUUCCUACAAGCACAAAGCAAGAACAAGAUUAUCUCCUACUUGGCGGCAACUUCAGUGUCAAUUCAUCUGCUUCUUUCUUGGCUUUUGACCGUGAAAUAUAAAUUUGGAAUCACAGGAGCAAUGGUAUCGGCAGUUAUGGCAUACUGGAUUCCAGAUCUGGGUCAACUUCUGUUCAUUAUGUGUGGUGGUUGCAAUGAAACAUGGAAAGGCUUCUCAGUUUUGGCUCUCAAAGAUCUUUGGCCUGUAUUGAAGCUUUCUCUGUCAUCUGGUGUCAUGAUUUGUGUAGAGUUAUGGUACAACACAAUCUUGAUUCUUCUAACAGGAAACAUGACAAAUGCUGAGGUUUCCAUUGAUGCUCUCGCUAUCUGCAUCAAUAUCAAUGGUCUGGAAAUGAUGAUAUCCCUUGGAUUUUUGGCUGCAGCGAGUGUUAGGGUCUCGAACGAACUUGGAAGAGGAAGCUCAAAAGAUGCAAAGUUCUCCAUCAAAGUCAUAGUUCUCACGUCAUUUAUCAUUGGACUAGUGCUAUUUGUGUUCUUCCUACUCCUUAAGGGACGUAUUGCAUACAUAUUUACUAAUAGCCAUGAGGUGGCUAGCGUAGUUGCAGAUCUAUCACCACUGUUGGCUUUCUCUAUACUUAUGAACAGUGUUCAACCUGUGCUCUCUGGAGUUUCUGUUGGUGCUGGGUGGCAAAGCAUUGUAGCAUACGUGAACUUAUCAUGCUACUACCUGGUUGGGCUUCCCGUUGGAGUUUUGCUUGGUUAUGUUGCUCAUUUCGGAGUCAAAGGUGUUUGGAUGGGAAUGUUGUUAGGCACAUUUGUUCAAACGAUAGUACUUAUUAUUAUCACCUGGAGAACUGACUGGGAUAAACAGGUGCUAUAG